AUGAAACCAGACAACGAAUCUAAUCAAAAUACAUAUCAUGAACAAUUAAUAAAUAAAACAGCGAAAGCUACACGUCACAUAAUUUUAAUUCGUCAUGGACAAUAUAAUGUGGAAGCUAAGACAGAUGCAGAUGGGACACUUACAAAUCUUGGUAGGCAACAAGCUGAGGCAACAGGAAAACGACUGCAAGAAUUAGGUUUUCCAUAUACUUUGCUUGUACAUUCAACAAUGACAAGGGCUCAAGAAACUGCUAAAAUCAUAGAAAAAUCUCUUAAAAAUAUAAAGGUAAAGUGUGAUCCAAUUCUUAACGAGGGUUCACCAAUUCAACCUGAACCUCCAUCAUCUAACUGGAAACCUGAAGUAAAUUAUUAUAGAGAUGGACCUAGAAUCGAGGCUGCAUUUAGAAAGUAUUUUCAUCGUGCAGAUUUCAGUCAGAAAAAUGAUUCAUAUACAAUUCUUGUUUGCCAUGCAAAUGUUAUUAGAUAUUUUGUAUGCAGAGCAUUGCAAUUUCCACCCAAAAGUUGGUUGCGAUUAAGCUUGAAUCAUGCUAGCAUUACAUGGGUUACUAUUUAUCCUGAUGGUAUUGUAAAAUUAUGGGUGUUUGGUGAAUCAGGACAUAUGAAACCACAACUUAUUUCAUAA